AUGCCCAGAGCUAACGUUGAGGACCAGCUUCCAAAUGAAGAUCUGUCGUUAUAUACCAUCUGGGCUAAAACUAAAGACUAUUUAAAUGAAAAUUUACCCCAGAAAGUUGCCGCAACUAUCACGGAGCAAGUCUCGCAUUCUUCAGAGCCUGAACAUGUAACAGAAUCCGAAUCAUUGCCACCACAAACACCUGAGGCAUUCGUGGCCGACAAUUCAAUUUCUACUUUACCUGAACAUGUAUUGGACGUCUCUGACCACAUCUCUGACAAACCAUUAAUUACAAAAAAUUUACAGGGAAGGUACUUUGGACCAAGUACGUCACAAGUUUGUACAGACACGAAUGCUUCUGAUAAUGGCAAUCCAGAUUUACAAGAAGAGGACAUCGGAAGACCUGAAUCCGUUCUAGAAUUAUCGAAAACGGUUUCCAAAGAUAUUGCCCAGCAAGCAAUGCGUACUACUCCAAACAAAGUUUUCACUCCUGAAACAAAUGACACUAUAGCACAAUCCUUGUCUUCCAGUUCCCAAAAUAUAAUAGAGGAAAAUAUUGAACCUGUUACCGAAUCAACGAAAACAAUAUCAAAAGACAUUGCCUGCUCUGCAAUAUAUAGUACUCCUAAUAAAGUUCAGAAUUCUGAAUUAAAUAACACUAUAUCCAAGCCUAUGCCUUCAAAGCCACAAAAUGUAAUGGAUGAAAAUAUUCCAUCGCCAUUUAAGCGUGCUUUAUUUUGGCCAGAACCAGAAAUGAAAAAAAGGCGUAGUAAGGAACGUCUUCCUUCGGCAAUCACUGGUGAGACUUGGAGAGCAUAUAUGAUUAAGAAAGAAAAUGAAAAGAAACAGAAGGAAGAAGAGAAAAACAAAAGAAUGAAAGAAAGACAAGAAAAACAACUAAUAAAAAAGAAGACAUCUGAAGAACGAGAGAAAGUUAAAAAUAAAAAGAAAAUAACAAAAACUAGUAUGGAGGGAAUGAUAGAUGAUGUCGAUGGAUUUGGUGGUGAACCAGAUUUCGAAAUGCAAGAGGAUGAUGAGUAUGACGUAUGA